UCUGCGAUUAUCUGUAGACGCCAAGAUGUGGCGCCACACUCGAUAUAGUAUGUAUAUAUAGGACAGACAUCCUUCAAUAAAGGGCUCCCGUUCGUCUGGGCUACGAUGUGUGGUGUGGUGCAUCCGUUCGGCCGCACCGUCCGGCCGACAUAACAAACUGGCGACGAGGAUGGGAUCCGGAAUUUCGCCGCCGCCGCCGUUCCUCGUUUCACCAGGCACGCCCGCCAUCCCCUGGCCGCGAUGGCUGCGCCUGUUUGAAAACUUCACGCUCGCCUCUGGAGCGUCUGAGCUAUCGGCGGCCCGCCGCCGAGCCCUCCUUCUGCACUGCCUCGGACCUGAAGGACAACGAAUUUUCGACGCCCUGCCACCGCCACCACCAUCGAACGCCCCAGACCACCCGCCGCGCAUCCGAGUGCGGGAACCGCCCCCCUUCAGACGGUUACGCCUUCUGCAACCACCGCUGCAGUUGGAACGACAGAGAUCAAACAAGCCGAUGCCGAGCUCGCACAGCCACCGGACGAGUACGACGCAGCUGUUCAAGCCCUGGCUCGACACUUUUCCGCUACUUGCAACGUACGCGUCGAGCGACAUCGCUUCCGUGACCGUCGUCAACUGCACGGUGAGCCGAUAUCGGAGUUUGCUCUUGCGCUUCGCGAACUGGCUUCGUCAUGCAACUUUGCCGCGCAAGCGGAUACAAAUCUGUGCGACCAGUUCGUCGCCGGGGUCACAUGCCCGCGCCUACGGGAGCGGCUAUUGCUCGAGGGUGACGCGCUCACGUUUGACCGCGCCGUGGAGAUAG